AUGUUCCGUUUCUCUCGCAAGCUCCUGGCCCAGCGGUACCUAACCGCCAUGCGAUUCCUCAGAAGGUUCUUUUCGUUUAGUCUGAGGCGUAAGACCUCGGGCGCCCGUCCGGAUCCCCUUCAGCCCGUCCGCAACGCCGCAGCCAGGCGGGCCAUUUGGGCUCGGCCUACACUUCACCACCAGCAGCAAUCCGCUUUCUUCACCAAACUACCCCCGGAGAUUCGGCAUCGCGUCUACCGCGAGGUCCUUGCCCCCGCGGACCGGCCGGAGCUGCAUGAGACCUGCGGUGCAGGGGGUUGGAACCACGCGUGCUGGUGGGCCAACUGUCUGCUUCGAGGCGGUACCACGGCCCCGAAUCCAUCCACAGGGCGAUAUGAGGCCGAGGACGAGUCUCCGUACGCGACUCGGAUGGGCCUGCUGCGCUCAUGUCGACACAUGUACUCAGAAUCCAACCCCGUUCUCUGCUUCCGCCAGACGCGAACGAUCGUUGAUCUCCAGCGUACCGUCCUGCCGCAGCGCUGGCGCGACAUUCGCUCGCUUCAUUUAACCGUGCCGCUCGAGCUAUACCUGAAUAAUAACGGGCUCUAG